AUAGCCACCGUAAUUGAUUGCUGUUUAAGAAGUACAAGGAAGAAUUCAAAUGACAAGCAAUUGCAAGCAAAUCCUACCGUUUAUAUUUUGAUCGCCCGAGUAAUGCCAAAGCCACCACAAAAACGUCACAGGCAUUGGCUAAGAACGGUCCAGUUAUGCUACCUCACACUGAUUGGUACAGCAAACUUUUUACCACUUCGCAUCAACGCGGCAAGUUCGACGAGGUAUUUAACUGCCGAGGCACACAGCAUACACAGGAACACUAACACAACAAGCCACUACCCACCCACCCAUAAAAAUAGUACAAAAACCAGAGAGCAGCAAAUCUUACCGUCAGCACAAAGCACACAACCACACUCAAACGAAAGGAAUCACAUUCCUGCAACAUAUUUAAACCCAAGCAACAGCAGUGGCAGCCAUGAAAGUGUGGCAAGUGCAAAUUCUGCCAUGGGUCAGACACAAGGCCGCCCUAACAUGGAACUCCAUUUGUCUACGCUUACAAGUGUUACAAAUGUUACAACUGAUGACGUGGUACACAGUACAACAACAACCGCAGAAACAAAUACACAUGUUCCAUAUACCGUACAAGGAAAACUACCUACGCCCAGCAUUGAUGGUAACAACAAGUAUAGCUUUGCUACGCAAAGUGGCACACUGGCUGAGGAGAAAAUAAACUUUAGCCGUAGCUCGACAAGAAUUUCGGCCAACUGGCCUCAGAAUAAUUUGAAAGUUAAUCAAGUGUUUGAAAGUCAACGUCGCAUGACGCCGGCAGGAAUUGAGCGCAAUAGCCGGCGAAUUGUUUUGCUUGGCCUCUUCGAACUUACCAACAGACAAGGUCGUCGUCUGGAUGGCUGGAGUGAGUUGAGUGCCGCACAAAUGGCGGUUGAACAUAUCAAUCGGAAGAAAAUUUUGCCUGGCUAUACACUGGAGCUGUUAACCAACGACACGCAAUGUGAUCCGGGCGUUGGAGUUGAUCGAUUUUUUCAUGCCAUCUACACGCAACCCGACACACGGAUGAUUAUGCUGCUGGGCUCCGCUUGCUCUGAGGUGACGGAGAGUUUGGCCAAGGUGGUGCCGCAUUGGAGUAUUGUGCAGGUUUCAUUUGGCUCCACUUCGCCAGCGCUCAGUGACCGCAAAGAGUUCCCCAACUUUUACCGCACCGUUGCGCCAGACUCAUCACAUAAUCCCGCGCGUAUAGCCUUCAUUCGUUUCUUUGGCUGGGAUACGGUGACCACAUUUUCCCAAAAUGAAGAGGUCCAUUCGCUUGCUGUCAAUGAUUUAGUGACUGAACUGGAGACGGCAAAUAUCUCUUGUGCGGCAACCAUCACUUUUGCAGCGACGGAUUUCAAGGAGCAAUUGCUUCUGUUGAGAGAAACGGAUACGCGCAUUAUUAUAGGCAGCUUCUCCCAGGAUUUAGCGCCACAAGUACUUUGUGAAGCAUUUCGUCUACGCAUGUUUGGUGCCAAUUAUGCUUGGAUAUUGCACGAGAGUAUGGGUGCGCCAUGGUGGAACGUCAUAGCGGCCACAGGAACCACCUGUACCGCCAGAGAGCUGCAAGAAGCUGUAGAGAAUUUGAUUAUCAUCGCCAGUCACAAUAGGAUUGUCGGAAAUAAUACCAGCUACAGUGGAUUGAACAAUGAAAUGUUUUUGUCUGAGUUGCGCCAACGAUCUGGCGGCCUACCGAAUGCACGCCACGUCAACAAAAAGCGAAAGUUGAAUGCUGUUGAACUCCAGAGAACUCUUUCAUCACUCAACAAUGCAUUAAACACCAACAACAUACCCACCCUAAAUGGCAUUGCUAUAUCGAAUUAUGCGCCACAAACCUAUGAUGCCGUUUGGGCAAUUGCCUUGGCACUACGAGCCGCCGAAGACCGUUGGCAGAAGUUGGGCAUGCAAUCAAAACUCAAUCAAUUCGAUUAUAUGCGCGCGGAUAUGGCACGAGAAUUUCUCCAACAGAUGGCGAAAUUGGAAUUCUUGGGCGUGUCGGGGCCAGUUUCAUUUAGUGGCCCUGAUCGGGUUGGUACCACCGCCUUCUAUCAGAUUCAAAAUGGCACACUCGCUCUCAUUGCUCUUUACUAUCCAGCCGUUCAUCGAUUAGAUUUUCACUGCCCUUAUUGCCGUUCCGUGCGCUGGCACACGGGGCAAGUGCCAAUCGCCAGACGGAUAUUCAAAAUGCGUGUCGCCACUAUUGCAACGAGUGCCUUCUAUACCAUAGCCACACUUUCAGUGGUUGGCAUCAUACUGGCAAUUGCUUUUCUCGCCUUUACGUUGCACUUUCGGAAAAUGAAAGCAAUUAAGCUGUCAAGCCCGAAACUGAGUAACAUUUCUGCAGUGGGCUGCGUUUGUGUGUAUGUUGCUGUGAUUCUGCUCGGACUGGACUAUUCUACGCUACCCACACCAGAAACAUCGUACUCAAAUGUUUGCACAGCACGUGUCUAUUUGCUUUGUGCAGGCUUCUCGCUGGCUUUCGGUUCGAUGUUCGCCAAAACAUAUCGGGUUCAUCGCAUUUUCACACGCACCGGCAGUGUCUUCAAGGAUAAAAUGCUACAGGAUGCGCAACUAAUAAUGCUGGUUUGCACGCUAUUGGUGGUGGAUGCCCUCCUCGUCACCCUCUGGGUAUUCGUCGAUCCUAUGGAACGUCAUUUGCACAAUUUAACAUUGGAAAUCAGCAGCAUUGAUCGAAGCGUCGUCUAUCAGCCACAGGUUGAAGUUUGUCGCUCGCAAUACACGCAAGGUUGGCUGGGCGUUUUAUAUGCGUACAAAGGUCUCUUGCUCAUUGUUGGUGUAUACAUGGCGUGGGAAACACGUCACGUGACUAUACCAGCGCUCAACGAUUCGCAAUAUAUUGGCGUGUCAGUGUACUUAGUAGUUAUCACAAGCGCGAUAGUAGUGGUUCUGGCCAACCUUAUUUCAGAACGCGUCACUCUGGCGUUCAUAACGAUAACAUCACUUAUACUGGCAUCAACAACGGCAACAUUGUGCCUAUCAUUUAUACCAAAACUCAACGACAUUUGGGGGCGAAACGUUAUUGUCGAUCCAGUGAUACACAGUAUGGGCUUAAAGAUGGAAUGCAACACCCGACGGUUUGUAAUCGACGAUAGACGGGAACUGCAAUACCGCGUGGAAGUGCAAAAUCGUGUUUAUAAGAAGGAAAUAGCAACAUUGGAUCAGGAAAUACGGAAGCUUGAGCGCAUGCUUGAAAUGGGCACUACUUCAACAGCAACUUCUUCAUCUUCCUUAGGAGGAGGACACCAGAAACCCGAGUUAACCGUUACUAGCGAUACUUCUAUCUUCAUGCGACCAUCUUCGCCAACAUUUCCUCCAGUAUUUCCGGCGCUGCCACCCAAUAGUAACAAAUCACGCGCACCUAGCAUCUCUGACAUACUUCCAAAUCUCUUAUUAUCCAUCUUGCCACCUGUAAUACCACGUGCCAGUUGGCCGUCCGCAGAGUAUAUGCAACUUUCCAUGCGUCGCUCCAUCGCUUUUGCCUCUCAACCCCAGCUAGAGGAACGCAAGAGUGCCGCCACUUGUCUGGCCGAGCAAGAUUUAUACAACUUACGAAUCGCGCACCGACAAGCGACCGAAACCAAAACCGGAUUUAUAAAUCGCUUACGUGGCAUAUUUUCUCGAGCAGCUUCCAGCAAUAAAGGUUCCAGCUGCAGUCUUGGCGAGCAAAAGAGUCUUCGUGCAGCAUUCAAAUCGCAUAUGGGACUCUUUACACGGCAUGUGCCUACCGCACAGGCAGCUUCCUGCAAUGCUAUAUAUAAUCAGACUGUGCGUCGCGAUGACUGCACGAUGGAGUCCAAUGGUGCACCUCUCAAAGCCAUGAAACAAUUGCAUUUUGCAAAAAGUGGUACACAUUUGGAUGUUGCCACGCCUGACCCUAACUUUCUCCAAAUUCCAACCAUAUCCGCCGAAACACCUGAGGAGCCCACACAUAUGGGAUUGAUACUGCCCCUCGACGAAAUCGAACUGGAGCGUAUGGGUGUGGCGCGCUAUACCAAAGUGCACGAGACUAAGGUCAACUUCCAGCUACCCACGAAUCAGCAACCAUCCUUCAUACAAACGCAGCCCACUAUGCGUGAGCGAAUACGUGGAUCCCCGCGGUUUCCCCAUCGAGUGGUGCCAACGUGCAGCUUAGGGGCGUUGGAGGAGCCUGAUAAGAUCUGUGGCAUACCGCUGAAAGAGCGAGUACUGCUGGGUCGCACUACUUUAGCAGGAAACUGGAAAUCGAUGGAGAUGACUACCGAGUCAAAGUUGUCACUCAGUGCAACGCCAAGUGAAAACAAUAGUCCGCCUACUUUGGGAGAGGUUGAGGACAUAAUCGAAAUCGAAAUUGCAAAACCGGUGGACUAGCUUAAUCAAACUAUUUACAUGCAUGUCUAUAUGUACAAAGAAUAUUUUUUAAAUUUAGAUUUGGACAGACCUAACAAAAACCUGACUAGUAUUGAAUCAAAAAGUAAUAUUUUUUAAAUAGUAUGAUUAUUCUAAAGUAAGUAGAAAACAAAACUCCAAUAAGGCGUCAAUUACCCCUUUAGGGUGAAAACUUUUAUUAAAGUGUUAAGUUUUAAUUUUAGUGAAUAAACCCCCCGCGACUACUGAGCCAUUUCAAAGUCCACCUGAUACUUUUACACUGACAAUCCAUUAGAAACUAGAUGUGUAUAAACCUAAAUAAGCAAAUUGUACAACGUUAUUUGAAUAUUUACUUGUAAGAAUCAAAACUCCUUUUAAAUCACAAAAGUACUAAAACAUAGAAAUAUAAGAACUCAACAGUGCAAGUUAACUGAAAAUUAGGUAGGAAGCUUAGGAAUCUCAUUAUCAGCUGCUGAUGCGAUUUUCGGAAUUAACGAAUAGAAAUAACUACGAGUACUACUUAGAAUUUUACAAACGAAUCGUUAUUCACAAAAUUUGUGAAUCUAUAUUUUCUUUAAAGAUAAAUUGUAGGUGUAAGUGUGUAUGUGUAUAAGAGGUGCCAGAAACGUUAAAAAAUCAAAGUUUAUGAUCUCUUUUUUAUUCCUUUAAUAAUUUCAUUGGCAUCCACCAAGUUCUCUGAAUUAUAUUUACUCUAAUGGAAGAUUACCACGGAAUAUGGGAAGUUAUAUUCCUUUUCCAGAACAUUGUUUUGGGUUAAUGGUAAUCCAAAUACAGCAGAACUUUUAUUGGUCGUAACCUCUAUGAGCCUAUUUUCAAACCGACCAAUUUGCUGAGGCAAUUGAGCUUUAAAUUGCAUACAAUUUAGCUUACGCAAAUA